CGUCACAACAUUAUUGGAGAGGAUUCCACCCCUUUAGCUAUAAAAAGGCCCAAACCCUCCGUCUUUCUUCACAGUUCAAUUCUAAACAAACUAGCUCAUUCUCUUUGCGCAGUUCCCUACCUCUCCCCUCAAGAUGCAGAUCUUCGUUAAGACCCUUACCGGAAAGACCAUCACUCUCGAGGUCGAGAGCUCCGAUACUAUUGACAACGUGAAGGCCAAGAUCCAGGAUAAGGAAGGAAUUCCCCCAGACCAGCAACGUCUCAUCUUCGCUGGAAAGCAACUAGAGGAUGGACGCACCCUCGCCGACUACAACAUCCAGAAGGAGUCAACCCUUCACCUAGUUCUCCGUCUCCGCGGUGGCAUGCAGAUCUUUGUCAAGACUCUCACUGGCAAGACCAUCACCCUCGAGGUGGAGAGCUCUGACACCAUCGACAACGUGAAAGCUAAGAUCCAGGACAAGGAGGGAAUCCCCCCGGACCAGCAAAGGUUGAUUUUCGCCGGUAAACAGCUGGAGGAUGGAAGGACCCUCGCCGACUAUAACAUCCAGAAGGAGUCAACCCUUCACUUAGUUCUCCGUCUCCGAGGUGGCAUGCAGAUCUUUGUGAAGACUCUCACUGGCAAGACCAUCACCCUCGAGGUGGAGAGCUCUGACACCAUCGACAACGUGAAGGCCAAGAUCCAGGACAAGGAGGGAAUUCCCCCGGACCAGCAAAGGUUGAUCUUCGCCGGAAAACAGUUGGAGGAUGGAAGGACCCUCGCGGACUAUAACAUCCAGAAGGAGUCAACUCUCCACUUGGUUUUGCGCCUUCGUGGUGGUAUGCAGAUCUUUGUGAAGACCCUCACUGGAAAGACUAUUACCCUUGAGGUGGAGAGUUCGGACACUAUUGACAAUGUGAAGGCCAAGAUCCAGGAUAAGGAGGGUAUUCCCCCGGACCAGCAGAGGUUGAUCUUCGCUGGGAAGCAGCUUGAGGAUGGGAGGACCCUUGCUGACUAUAACAUCCAGAAGGAGUCAACUCUCCACCUUGUUCUCCGUCUACGAGGGGGCUUUUAGACUGUGCUGAUCUCUGUUUUUUACUGCUUUCAAGACAUCUUCAAAAUCGGACUGUGGAUUGGGUCUUUAUUGACCCUUAAAUAAAUUUGGUUUGUGUUGGACUGUAUUGUUCCUUUGUUAUAAUGAAACUUUAGAUAUAUAAUAUGCUACUAUGUUAUUAGUUU